GGAGGUUGGUGCAACUCACCUACUCCCACACCUUCCGCAUCCUACGCUUCUACAGCAAACAGGCUGUCCGAGGAAACGAGGGAGGCAUUGAGACCGGGACAAGCAUUUGAGAGACGGGGCGACGGAGCAGAGUACCACGCCGGAGACAUAAUUCCUUCUUGAUUUUCUGCUGCUGCUGCUGUUCCGAUGUCUUCGCCGAUCAAAACUCCGGGCGUCAUCACCUGCAAAGCUGCGGUGGCGUGGGGACCAGGGGAGCCUCUGGUGCUGGAGGAAGUAGAGGUGGAUCCCCCCAACCCAAUGGAGAUUCGUGUCAAAGUCGUCUGCACUUCUCUCUGCCGGAGCGAUGUCACCCAGUGGGAAUCAAAGGCACAACCUGCUCUGUUUCCUCGGAUCUUUGGCCAUGAAGCAUCUGGGAUUGUUGAAAGUGUAGGCGAAGGAGUUAAUGAAUUUGAAGUGGGAGAUCAUGUACUCACAGUGUUCAUUGGAGAGUGCAAGAGCUGCAAGCAUUGCCUUUCUGGAAAGAGUAACAUAUGCCAGACUCUGGGUUUGGAGAGGAGGGGCCUCAUGCACAGUGACAACAAGACUCGUUUCUCGAUAAAAGGGAGACCAGUACAUUAUUGUGCAGUGUCAAGCUUCAGUGAAUAUACAGUGGUCCACUCUGGUUGUGCCGUUAAAAUCAGCCAAACUGCACCUAUGGAUAGAAUAUGCCUUUUAAGUUGUGGAGUAGCUGCAGGCCUUGGUGCAGCUUGGAAAGUUGCAGACAUAUCGAAAGGGUCAACUGUAGUUAUUUUUGGUCUUGGAACUGUAGGCCUGUCAGUAGCACAAGGUGCUAAAUUAAGGGGGGCUUCUCGAAUCAUUGGAGUGGAUACUAAUCCUCAAAAGUAUGAAAAGGGAAAGGCUUUUGGUGUGACAGAAUAUAUCAAUCCAGAUGAGUGCAAUGAACCUGUCCAGCAGGUUGUAAAGCGCAUGACUGAUGGAGGGGCAGAUUUCUCUUUUGAAUGUGUUGGUGAUACUGGAAUAGUAUCCACUGCAUUACAAUCAUGUUGUGAUGGCUGGGGACUGACUGUGACUUUAGGUGUGCCAAAAAUGAGGCCAGAAGUAUCAGCUCAUUAUGCCUUGCUUCUUUCUGGAAGAACUUUAAAGGGUUCUUUAUUUGGAGGAUGGAAACCGAAAUCUGACCUCCCACAAUUAGCUGAAAAAUAUUUGAGGGAGGAAAUUCAACUUGAUGAUCUCGUUACACAUGAUUUGCCAUUUAAUAAUAUUAAUGAAGCUUUGAACCUAAUGAAAGAAGGGAAAUGUUUGCGCUGUGUGAUCCAUCUGCCCCAAUGACUGUAGACUGUGACCAGACACGGGUAAUCCACAUGUAACAUUUUGUGUAUUUGUACUCCUGAGGCUCUUCUGUUCAAAGCGUGGUAUGAUCAAUAAAAAAAACAAGUUAUGAAAAACCUUGACAUCUGUUGUCUUGAGAGGAGGAAAAAGGGAAAAAACCAUGAUGUUUGUUGCCAUUUUGUUUAGAUGGAAUGUAUUCUCGCGAACUAGUAGUUGGCCAUAUAUUUGAAUGGCAUUUUCUUUUCUGAUGUUCCAGUGAACUUUUAUUUUGUUUAUCACAUCAGUAUGAGAUUCAAA